GGUCCUCUGCAGAGGGGGCGGGUCUCGGGGAUGUUUACAACGCAGCUGGUUAAAGUGUGUAGCCUCGGCUUUCGCUUUCUCGAUCUGCCAUCGAAGGGGUGGGUGUGUGUUUGUGUUUGUGUUUGUGUUUGUGUUUGUGUUUGUGUUGCUCCGACAAAGGCUGCCUCCCCACCCCAGCGCCCUGGCGGUUCGGUCCAGUAGCUGCCAAAGGCAGAGGAUCUGGCGCUGGGAUCUCUGAAGUUGAUUGCUGCCUCCAAAUUGGACCCAAUUGCAGCUAGAGAGGAACUGAUCAGAGCCCAGGGCCUGUACCCCAGCAUUCAUCUGUCUCGGUGAGAGAGGAGAAGUGACAAAAGGCGUGGGUCCCAUGGAUUCAGCGCAGCCGCUUAGUGGAAGACAAGGUGACCUGCCUCACCUCAAACACAGGACAGCUGUUGGGUGGAAAGUCCCACUGAUCAUCAUUGUUGUACUCGCAGCCGUUGUUGUUGUGGUUCUCAUGAUACUUUUGCCUGUGAAAUCUCCACCCGAAUCCAAGCUGCCUCCUGUCUACACCCCAACCCAGCUAAGUGCAAAACGCCCCGGUGCCUGCUGCCCAGAUGGCUGGGUCGGGUUUAGAGGGAAAUGCUAUUAUUUCUCUGAUGCCGAGGGGACCUGGGACUCCAGCCAGAGCCUCUGCUCUUCACUCAAUGCCUCCCUGGCUGAGAUCGACACCGAGAAAGACCUGGACUUCGUUAUGCGAUAUAAAGGCGUCUCUGAGUUCUGGAUUGGCCUGAAGCGAGUAUCAGCGCAGCUCUGGCAAUGGGUGAAUGGCGAACAGUUCAACAACCUGUUUACGGUAAGAGGAGAAGGCGACUGUGCGUACCUGAGCGACGACUUUGCCACUUCAUCCUGGUGCUCCACAAAGCGCUACUGGAUCUGCAGCAAACCUGACGGGAUGCGAAGGCAGGACGCGAUGCCGGGGGACUGAAGGGUGAAGGCUGGGAAAAUGCCUCAAGGCCCAGCUGCCUGACACUCCAAACAUCGCUCAAUAAGAUCCUCAGUAGAGCUUGACAGAUUUUUUUUUUUAAAUAAGCCUCUCUAAUUUUCUCUGUUGUGGCCCCUGUAUAGCCCUCGCCUUCCUGGUUGUGUAACCAAGACCUGAUCUACACAUAAAGCUUAAAACUCCUGAAUGCUAUAGUUAGGCUGAUGUAACCCCCAGUGUAGACGCAGCUAAGUUGACCUAGCUCCUGUCACUGGGAAGGCAGUGUUCCUACAGGGAUGGGGAAACCCCCUUCCCCCACUGUAGGAUGUCUGCUCGGGGAUUAUGCCAGCGUAGUCUGCUGCCAUGUCCCCAUACUGUGACAUGGAUUAAAACCCCUUCCCAGCUCUGUUUGCUCAUGUUGUCUUCCAACCCUGAGCAACAAAGUUGUGAGUUAAGGGUAAGUGGGACCGGGAUCGGAACUCACCAAUGGUCCCUUUGUUGACACUCAUUCAGUGCUGCCUCCUGCAGAGGGUCGACUGUGUUGCAUUGUCUCGCAGAUCAAUACGUAGUUGCUGCCUCUUUGCUGGAGAGUCUGCUUUGUGGAACCAAGAUGACAAUUAAGGAGGGCCAGAAAUGAGAGGCAGAUUAAAAUGGAAAUGGAAAUGUCUGUAUGUUUGAGAGUGUCAGGGCCUUGCUGGGCUUAUUGAGAUUGUAAAGGGAAGGCCAGGCAUGCCAGAAGUUGAUAACUAGCUAGGUGAGCCAGCAGAAAAGUUAGGGGCACCUGUGAAGAGGCUGUGGAGAUGCCUAGGAGCGGUGUUUACCCUUGUGAGAAGGCAUCCGGUUGUGUACUCUGUAGUAGCAAUGCGUCACCAUUGCAUUCCAUUGACAGGAAGUUGUUUACAAACUUACAGGCAGAGCAGAUGCCUUUUACUUUAAUUGAAGCCUCUUUAUGAGAUCAUGGCAGAGAAGCUGAGGUGUAAUAGAACCCUUUUGAUUGUGCUUGACUCUCACCAUGAUCAAGCUUUUAGUCAGUGAGCAAAAACAAACCACAAAAUCCGAUUCAGGGUCAGCAGGUGGGUUUCCUGACUUUGUGAAAGAAACUUUGAACUUUCUAGUAUAGACAUAGCCGAAGCACUGCCCUGGGAGCACUCCCGCAGCAGUGCUUUGAUGUGAGUGCGGUCACGCGUGAGUACUGGCUGAGUUCUCCCAGCACUCCUGGUAAUCCACCUCCACGAGGGGAAAAGCUCUGAGCGUGGCUCCCAGUGCCCUGAGCCUGUCCACACUAGCACUUUAAAACACUCAGACUUGCUGUGCUUAAGGGUGUAUGUGGUUUUUUCACACCCCGUAGCCAACAAGUUAGAGCGCUUUAAUUUGCCAGUGUAGACAUGGCCUUAGAUAAGUGCAAAGGUCAACAUGGUCAAACCCUAAGACAUAGUCUUUAGAUGCUAGAAGGGUCAUUUGCAACUGUUGCUUAAGAGUUUAAUUCCCCUCGGACUCCUUUGCAAGCCAAAGUACAAGUACUUUUGUGGAGGACAAGACGCACAUUUUCCCCUAGUUUGGGUAUUUUCUAGCUGCAUCAUCUGUUCAGACCACAGGAGGCUGAAUCUAAAUAAUUGAAAUGUAUGAAGUCUCACAACUAAUGAAAAUUAAUUUUGUGUGAUACCAUGGAGUGUUCACUGGUAACCUAUUUAACAAUUUGCUGUUCACUCCUUCUGUUUCACAAAGUUUGCUAUGACUGUCAGUCCUAUAAGCUAACUGUAAAAAAAAAAGCACCUUAUUUUUCUUCUGUUGUAAUUUGCUCAGUCAUUGCCCAUAAAGUUUAAGGCAAGACAGUACUUGUUUUAUUUAAUCUAUCUUCCAUCCUUCUAACUUAGAGACAACUGAACAUUUUCUAAUGACAAGUUUGUCAAGAAAUAGUUAAUGUUCAACUA